AUGGCAGCUUCAAUUAAUCAAAAAUCAACUUCAGGUCAUUCUCGUACGGAACUAUUUACAACCACCGAUUCUAACUGUACGGCAAUGUAUUUUAUUGAUAACCUUACUCCGACUGAACAAGAACUUCUUCGCAAUCCACCUUAUGCUCUUAGCAUAUCUUUCGAUAAUAUUCUCAAUCCCAUACGCAAAGGAUGCAGAAACAGCAGCAAGAAAAACAUCCCACCAAGACCUCAAAAUGCAUGGAUAUUGUUUCGCAGGAAUUUUGAAAGUCGAGCACGUUCUCAACGUCCUGGCGGAAUGUAUACUCUUAAAGAAAUUUCCAAGACAGCCGGCGAAAGUUGGAAAGCUCAACCAGACAAAGUCAAACGAUAUUUCAACGUUCUUUCCAAACUAGCUUUAUACAGACACAAGGUUAUGUAUCCGGGAUAUAUCUACAACUCGCGAAAAUUUAAGAAUGGUGAAAAAUUUAUUUUUAAGCAUAUGGACAAGGACGAAAUUGCGAAAAGUUGCAACAAUAAAACGAAUUUGUCUAAGAAGGCUAAAACAAGCAGAAUGAGCGACACCGGAUAUAUUAGUGUUGGCAGGAAUGAAAGUUACCCAGAAAAUAAGUACAUUAACGAGCAACCAUCUACCUUACCGACUCCGAGUCUUAUCGUUGACAUUUCUCAUAAUUGGAGCUUCUCGCCUUCCUUACCCUUGCACGAGGUUUCCGAUGGUUUCGGCGUACUCGACUUUCCCACUCAAAUGCCUGGUCUCACAUACGACAUACUCGGAUGCAAUAAGGAAGAAAACUAUUUGUGGCGAGCGAUUAUAAAGAAGGAGGCAAUCGAUCCAAUAUCGCCAAGUAUUUGA